GACAGGUCAGGACUCCAUUUUUAUUCUUCUGCCAUCAAUGGCCAACCCGGUCCCACACUUCAUCCAUUUCUUUGGGGACCUCUGAUCUCCUUAUCAACUGUUUCUUCCAUGAGGAAGAUUUCCCGCACUCAAGGCACUAAUACACCUCCAGGGUUGUGUGGGACCCCUGAUGUACAGGAAGACAGUACUUUAGUGAGGAAUAUUUCCCUCACUCAGGACAGGAAAGUGGAUUCUUCCCCGUGUGAGAUCUCUGAUGUUUGUAAAGAUUUGACUUGUCUGAAAAACACUUCCCACACUCAGGACAGGAGUAAGGCUUUUCCCCUGUGUGAGACCUCUGGUGUUUGACAAGAGCAGAUUUUUGAACAAAACAUUUCCCACACUCUGAACAGGAAUAUGGCUUCUCACCUGUGUGAGACCUCUGAUGAUUAUAAAGACUGGAUUUAUCUGAAAAACAUUUUCCACACUCCGAACAGUAAUAUAUUUUCUCCCCUGUGUGAGAUCUCUGAUGUCUGUAAAGAUUGGAGUUCUUUGAAAAACAUUUCCCGCACUCAGAACAGAAAUAUGGCUUUUCCCCUGUAUGAGAUCUCUCAUGUAUAACAAGUUCUGAUUUUUUAAAAAAAACAUUUCCCACACUCAGUACAGGAAUACAGCUUCUCACCUGUGUGUAAUCUCAGAUGUCUAA